AUGUUGUCAUCAUCAGCUUUUUCCGCACCUCAGCAACCAAACGAUGAGCAACAAUCAUCAGCAGUUAUUCUACCAGUUUCAAGUCAAAAUCACACAAAUCUAGGAUCAAAUAAUAACAUUGGUACCAAUCGUAGCACCAAUAAUGAUAGCGUUACAAUUGCUACUGGAAAUUAUACUCAUGUAAUCAAGCCUACUUGUGAAGCAUUUCAAGAAUUAAAUGAACGAUGGCCAUCACAACAACUUCCACAGCCAUCAUCAUUAGCAAUGCCACAACCAAUGUUACAUCCGUAUCAGCCUCAUUCUGCGACAGCUUCACCAUUUCAAUUGCUCUUUCCUCCACCACAACCAGACUGGGCUAGUUAUCAUGAACAUAAUCAACAUCACAUCCAACAGCAAUUGCUACAUCAACAUCAUCAUCACCAACAACAACAUCAGCAACACGAUCAUCAGCAACAGCAACAGCAACAGCAACAGCAUCAAUUAUCACUCAUGUCCAUUCCACAAGGUUUACCUUCACAUUUGUCAAAUGGAAACAUAAUGGAAUUAAAACAAGAACCCGAGCGUCCAGAUGUAAUUCAGCGUCUGUCAACUGCUGCACCAUCUUCUUGGCCAUAUGCUUUUGGUCAAGAUGAAUUACCUUUAUCUUCAUCUCAUAUUCCUGAAGAAAUGGAUUCUACGUGUUCAGAAGAUUUAGAAGCAUUUGCUAAAACAUUUAAGCAACGUAGAAUCAAAUUAGGUUAUACUCAAGCCGAUGUUGGCUUAGCUCUUGGCACUCUUUAUGGUAACGUUUUCAGUCAAACAACUAUAUGCAGAUUUGAAGCUUUACAAUUAAGCUUCAAAAAUAUGUGCAAAUUAAAACCAUUACUUUACAAAUGGCUUGAAGAAGCUGAUUCUACCAAUUCAUCACCUAAUAGCGCUUUUGAAAAAAUGACUGGACAAGGUGGACGAAAGCGUAAAAAGCGUACAUCAAUUGAAGUUCAAGUGAAAAGUCGUUUAGAGUAUCAUUUCCAGAAAAAUCCAAAGCCAAACGCUCAAGAAAUCGCUCAAGUCGCUUUGGAGCUUCAACUUGAGAAAGAAGUAGUUCGUGUUUGGUUUUGCAAUCGACGCCAAAAAGAAAAACGUAUGACGCCUCAAUAUGGUCAGGAAUUAUUACUAAAUCCUAAUAAUUAUCCUCCUGAUUCAUUUGUUUACACAUAG